UGGGUUCGUUGCUCAACCUCCUCUGAUACACCCUCUCUGGGAGUUCUCCUUUCCCCGGUUCAGCCGCGCUCCUCCCGGCCUUUUCAUUUCCUUGUCGUCCUCUCUCCGGGACCCCGGCUCUCCUCUCUCCUGUUUCCUCGCCACCACCGGCGGCGAGGGCGGACCCCAGCCUCCUCCCCGCCUCCCCGCCGGGGAACCGGCUCGGGCGGCGCAGGCGCACCAGGCGCGGCCGGGAGGCCGAGGUCGACCGCCGCCACCUCCGUCUGCCGCUCCUCCAGCCGCUUCUGCGUGGGGCUGGUCGGCGGCGACCGGGACUGCGCCGGAUAGGGGCCCCGCGGAAGUGUCGCUAUGGGCUCGGGCUGGAGCAGCGAGGAGGAACGGCAGCCGCUGCUGGGGCCCGGGCUCGGGCCUGGGCCGGGGGCUGCCUGGAGAAGCCGGGAGGCGGCGGCGGCGGCGCUGCCCGCGGCGGCCCCGGGUGCCGGGCGGGUGUACGGACGCCGCUGGCUGGUGCUGCUGCUCUUCUCGCUGCUCGCGUUCGCGCAGGGCCUGGUCUGGAACACCUGGGGCCCCAUCCAGAACUCGGCGUGCCAGGCCUACGGCUUCUCCAGCUGGGACAUCGCGCUGCUCGUGCUGUGGGGGCCCAUCGGUUUCCUGCCCUGCUUCGCGUUCAUGUGGCUCCUGGACAAGAGAGGUCUUCGGGUAACUGUGCUUCUGACAUCCUUCCUUAUGGUGUUGGGAACUGGUCUAAGAUGUGUACCUAUAUCAGACUUAAUACUUAAAAGAAGAUUAAUCCAUGGAGGACAGAUGUUAAAUGGCCUGGCAGGUCCAACUGUAAUGAAUGCAGCGCCGUUUCUGUCCACGACCUGGUUUUCUGCAGACGAACGGGCCACUGCCACUGCUAUUGCCUCUAUGCUCAGUUAUCUGGGUGGGGCAUGCGCAUUUUUAGUUGGACCCCUUCUUGUUCCAGCUCCCAAUGGGACAUCACCUUUUCUUGCUUCAGAGAGUAGCAGGAUUCAUAUUAAAGAUCGCAUAGAGACUGUAUUAUAUGCAGAAUUUGGAGUUGUCUGCUUAAUAUUUUCUGCAACACUAGCUUAUUUCCCACCCCGGCCUCCUCUUCCCCCCAGUGUUGCUGCAGCUAGCCAGCGACUGAGUUAUCGGCGGAGCAUUUGUAGAUUAUUAAGCAAUUUGAGAUUUUUGAUGAUUGCUUUAGCAUAUGCCAUACCGCUUGGUGUAUUUGCUGGCUGGUCUGGAGUUCUGGACUUAGUUUUAACACCAGUGCAUGUCAGCCAAGUUGAUGCUGGCUGGAUUGGAUUUUGGUCUAUAGUUGGAGGCUGUAUUGUUGGAAUAGCUAUGGCAAGGUUUGCAGAUUUUAUCCGGGGUAUGCUGAAGCUAAUUCUUCUCCUCCUGUUUUCUGGGGCUACACUAUCAUCCACGUGGUUCACCCUGACCUGUCUGAACAGCAUCACACACCUGCCUUUAACCACAGUGACAUUGUACACCUCCUGUAUUCUCCUGGGUGUGUUCUUGAAUAGCAGUGUACCAAUAUUUUUUGAGCUUUUUGUGGAAACCGUCUACCCUGUUCCAGAAGGAAUUACCUGUGGAGUUGUCACUUUUUUAAGUAAUAUGUUCAUGGGAGUACUUUUAUUUUUUCUCACAUUUUAUCAUACAGAGUUGUCUUGGUUUAACUGGUGCCUUCCCGGGUCGUGUUUGCUCAGUCUCCUCCUCAUUCUGUGCUUCAGAGAAUCCUAUGACAGACUCUAUCUUGAUGUGGUUGUCUCAGUUUAAUAGCACAGACUUGAAGGAGUUUAAAAGGAGACUGGAAAUCAAUACUGCACACUGCACAUUUGCUUGGAAUUGCACAUCUAACAGGAAAAAAGGAGAAGAAAGAAACUUCAUUCAGAGGUUUUGUUAGGUUACAGAUUACCACAUGAAUUUAAAUACUACUAGGUAAUAAUAAUGCAGGACUUGAGUGGUAAUAGGGGAUUUUAAAACUCUACAAGUGGCAUAGCUGUGCCUGAUUCUGGCGUUGGAAGUGUGAUGUCUUACACAUAAAGCACUACCUAAGUAAUUUCCUCUAUGUUUUGUGCCAGUGCUAAACUACUGAUUACCUGUAAUUAUGAAAAGAAAGAAAGGGUAUCUAUCACAUGAAGAUAACUCCUUCCCUAAGUCACAUGUCAGAAUAGGAAGAUAUGCCACUAACUUUUAAAGAGGUUUAAACCAUGUAUCAGAUUUUAAUUAUAAAAUAGCUAAGAGGUAUGUUGAUGAUAGAAAUUAGCCACGUGUACACUACAUUUUUUUCUAAUAAAGCCAUUUCUUACAUGA